AAUAAUCGUCAGUCGUCAGCGGAAAUCCAUCGAGAACAGAACUAUGCAUAUUCCCCGUCUGUGGAUUAGGGCAUCGGUCCUCCUCGGCAUCGCCCUGCUGCUCUAUGUCUUUGUUUUCUCCAGCGGCUAUCAGAAGUACCAGAUCGAGGGCAUUAUCAAGCGGAGCGAACCGGAAAAGGUCUGGGAGUAUGUUGCUGAUUUCAACAAGAUGCGGCUGCUAAACCCCACUAUCAUCAACUUCAAGAUCCUUGCGGAUCACGGACACGCCCACGACUGGCGCUAUACGGUGGAGUACACAGAAAGACUCUCCCAUUGGCCCUACUGGAAAAAUACGGCAACGGGCAGAUACGUGGUCACAAAGACCUUGCCCGGAGUGUCUCCCGUGGCCUAUGUCAUCAAUUCCACCCAUCAGACCUGCUUCUUUGGCGGAUUCUAUUGCCUGCAAUCGCUUAGUGAAUUUACAUUCAGAAAAUCUAAUGGUGAUACCCAUGCCCAGGAAAAUAUUAAGUUUCAGUGCCCUUCACUUUUGGUCUCUAUGUGCCGGCGGGAGCUGGAGUUCCAGCGCCAGGCGGUAAUGCACAACUUAACAAUAAUAUUCGGAAAACAGAGAGUAUAAAAAUCAAAACAUCAGUGAAAAACGGUAUAUGUGCAAAAAUUAAAUUAAAUAACCUAUCAAUUUAAGAGCAAAAUAAAAAGCUUAAAAAACAGGAAGUGUCCUGCAG